CUACUACAACUACUGAAACCCCUACAACCACUACAACUACUGAAACCCCUACAACCACUACAACUACUGAAACCCCUACAACCACUACAACCAAUGAAAACCCUACAACCACUACAACCACUGAAACCCCUACAACUACUACAACCCCUACAACCACUACAACUACUGAAACCCCUACAACCACUACAACUACUGAAACCCCUACAACCACUACAACUACUGAAACCCCUACAACUACUGAAACCCCUACAACCACUACAACUACUGAAACCCCUGCAACCACUACAACUACUGAAACCCCUACAACCACUACAACCACUGAAACCCCUACAACCACUACAACUACUGAAACCCCUACAACCACUACAACCACUGAAACCCCUACAACCACUACAACCACUGAAACCCCUACAACUACUACAACCCCUACAACCACUACAACUACUGAAACCCCUACAACCACUACAACUACUGAAACCCCUACAACCACUACAACUACUGAAACCCCUACAACUACUGAAACCCCUACAACCACUACAACUACUGAAACCCCUGCAACCACUACAACUACUGAAACCCCUACAACCACUACAACCACUGAAACCCCUACAACCACUACAACUACUGAAACCCCUACAACCACUACAACUACUGAAACCCCUACAACCACUACAACUACUGAAACCCCUACAACCACUACAACUACUGAAACCCCUACAACCACUUCAACUACUGAAACCCCUACAACCACUGCAACUACUGAAACCCCUACAACCACUGAAACCCCUACAACUACUACAACUACUGAAACCCCUACAACUACUACAACCACUGAAAUCCCUACAACUACUACAACCAUUGAAACCCCUACAACCACUACAACUACUGAAACCCCUACAACUACUACAACUACUGAAACCCCUACAACCACUACGACCACUGAAAUCCCUACAACUACUACAACCACUGAAACCCCUACAACUACUACAACCCCUACAACCACUACAACUACUGAAACCCCUACAACUACUACAACCACUGAAACCCCUACAACUACUACAACUACUGAAACCCCUACAACCACUACAACCACUGAAACCCCUACAACCACUACAACCACUGAAACCCCUACAACUACUACAACCACUGAAACCCCUACAACCACUACAACCACUGAAACCCCUACAACCACUACAACCACUGAAACCCCUACAACUACUACAACUACUGAAACCCAUACAACCACUACAACUACUGAAACCCCUACAACCACUACAACCACUGAAACCCCCACAACUACUACAACUACUGAAACCCCCACAACUACUACAACUACUGAAACCCCCACAACUACUACAACCACUGAAACCCCUACAACUACUACAACUACUGAAACCCCUACAACUACUACAACCACUGAAACCCCUACAACUACUACAACCACUGAAACCCCUACAACUACUACAACCACUGAAACCCCUACAACCACUACAACUACUGAAACCCCUACAACUACUACAACCACUGAAACCCCUACAACUACUACAACCACUGAAACCCCUACAACCACUACAACCACUGAAACCCCUACAACUACUACAACCACUGAAACCCCUACAACUACUACAACUACAGAAACCCCUACAACCACUGAAACCCCUACAACCACUACAACUACUGAAACCCCUACAACCACUGAAACCCCUACAACCACUACAACUACUGAAACCCCUACGACUACUACAACCACUGAAACCCCUACAACUACUACAACUACUGAAACCCCUACAACCACUACAACUACUGAAACCCCUACAACCACUACAACCACUGAAACCCUUACAACCACUACAACCACUGAAACCCCUACAACUACUACAACCACUGAAACCACUACAACUACUGAAACCCCUACAACCACUACAACCACUACUACUACUGACAAGCCCACAACUACUUCUUCUGCUACUGUGACAACCACUACUACCACCACUGCAAAUACUCCUACAACAGGUACUAUUACUUUACACACUU